AGCUUUGAUAGGCUGGGGAACCAAGGUAUGUGGUUCUGUCGAUACCAAACAAGCACAGGAGAUUGAUCUACCAUAGGCAUCAAACGGCUGCACAUCCGGACACAUGCUUUGCGGCCUUCCAAGACUCAGCGGACGUUCAGCAGUAGCCACUGCGAUCUUCUUCACCGUCGCACUACUCACACAUCACCUCGUCCACCCAAGCCUCUACACCGACGCAUGCCCUGGCGGUAUCCCAUGCUAUACACCUGUCUAUCCAUCGGCCGCCACAGGUCUCUCCCUCACACUUCUCGCCGGCGGUGCAAUCCUGGCCGCUCGAACAAUACCUUACUUGAUCGCCGACGCAACGACCUCGAACGCUGCCGGCAGCAAGACCCAACCUGGAUCUCAAGAUGCAGGACGCACCGCAACGCAAUUUUUCAGCGGCCUUCUCUUCGCCCUCGGCUUGCAAGUCUCCGGCAUGGCGCACCCAGCUAAAGUCACUUCAUUCCUCUCCUUUCCCGUCCUGAACGCCUGGGACCCGUCGCUCGCGCUCGUUAUCGUCUUCGGCGUGCUUCCGAACCUCAUCAUGAUCCAGCGGAAGGGCUUUGCUGAGCCGCCGGCGUUCAAGACGGCAUUUGAGCUGCCGACAAAGACGGUCAAGGAUGUAGAUGUCAGGUUUGUGGCGGGUGCAGCGGCGUUCGGGGUCGGAUGGGGACUGACGGGCACAUGUCCUGGGCCUGCGGUGUUGAGGGCUUUUGCGCAGCCGGUUUGGGGCCUGAUGUGGAUGGGUGGGUUUUGGCUUGGAGUUCGGGUUGCGGCGUGAUUGGUGCUACGGGAUGAUGCAGAGGUGCGAUAUACUUUCAUGAUACCCAGAUUCAAUUCAUAAUCCAAUGCUCGAGCGUCGUGCAUCUUGGGUCUUGG